AUGGCAAGAACUAAACAAACAGCAAGAAGAGUAACAGGAGGCUUUGUUGCACCAAGAAGACAUGUUGGUACUUUUAAUAAUCAAAAUGUAGCACAACCACAACCAGUAGUAAAGAGAAAAAGAGCUACGACCAAGGACGAUGGUGAAGAUGCAUUUCAAAGAUUUGAAAGUGCAACAAAGAAAUUACAACUACGACACCAACAAGAGUCCAAAGUAAUGUUACUUGGUUCAUUUAUACCACAAACCGAUGAUGAUGACAGUAGUAAUAACAACAAAGGUUUACCAACUAUUGAUAUUUAUUCUUAUCAAAAUAAUAUUACGAUUGGUAGAUCUCAAUCUAAUAGUUUAUCAUUACCAUUUGAUGGUAUUUCAACAUUACAUUGUACAAUUGAAUUAUCAGUUGAUGAAAUUGGAAAGUUUGAAUUUACCAUUACAGAUCAUAGUACAAAUGGAACUUAUAUUGAUUUUAUUAAAAUUGGUAAAGGUAAUAGUUGUCCUAUACUUGAUAAACAAAUACUUUGUCUUUAUCAUUCAAAAAAAGAUCCUCAUUCAAAUAUAAAUUUUAAAUUUAAACAAGAAAUUGAAAAUAUGAUAUUAUUUCAAGAGGAAUCAUUAAAAAUGUUAACAUUGAUUGAUUUAAAGACGAUUUGUGAAGCAUUUAAAGUGGAUGGAGGUGAUCAAUUAAUAUCAAAACUUUCAAAAGAUAGAUUAUUGGAGGCAUUUAAAGAAACUAAAUUGAAAAAUCAUACCUAUGAACAAUUAUCUAUUCAAUUGGGUACCCAAUUGGAUCAAUCAAGCUCACAAAUUUUACCAUCAAAUGUGAUACAAAGAAUUCUUUCCUAUUGUUGGUAUCAACCAUUUAUGGGUGAUUUGGCAUUAAGAAGAGGUGAUUUUGCUUGGAAACUGUCACUUGGAACGAUUUCAAGAGAAUAUUUUGGUCACGUUAAACAAUUGGUCAAUACUAUAUCGGUGAUUAAUAAUCCAUCGUAUUAUUAUUUUAAAGAUUACAAGAUUCGAUUUUAUCCUCGAAUCAUUCAUCCAUGUAAUCCACUAAAGACCUUGUACAAGUUGGAAAUUCACAUGUCGUCGUUUUAUGAACUCAUCAAUGUCGACAAGUUUCCAGCAAGUGUGAGAGAAAAAGAGAUUCUACAAAAUCUACGUGUACUAGUACUGCAUCACAACGAUUCAUUUGGUGGUCGGAUGGAAGAUGAAACAAAGGUUGUUUUCCCAGAGGUUCGCAAAUUCAAAUUGAUCAGUUCAGAGAGUUAUAUGAUUGUUGCCCACCAUUUGGAUUUUCCCAAACUCAAGAAAUUGGAUACAUGGCAAUCAAAAGUUGAUUUGUCAUCGACUCUUGAACGAAAAACAACAACUUUGGUUUCAUUUAUUUGUCAGGAAUCUGGAUCAAUGGAAGGUUUUUAUCAUUUUGGUUGUAACAAGUUUGAUCAGAAUUUCUAUCAGGAUGAGGAACGUCAAAACCCUACCACACCAGUCCCAACAAGAAUCCUAACUGUACCAAAAACAUUUUUCAAAACUGCUUUGGAUGAGGGUUUUGACAUUCCAGACAGCGUUAGAGAAAUUGAAAUUCUAGAAAUGAUGACCUAUAAUAAUCUAGUUUCAAUGGUCAAAUCUGAUGGUUUUGCCAGAGUAAACAUGUUUAAAUAUCUCAUUGUCUAUUUUGAAAAUUUGUCUAGUUUGGAUCAAAUAAGAACAUUUUUUUCAUCAUCCCCCAACUAUAAUCUGGAAUAUUCUCAUUAUUCUCUCAAACCAAUAUCAUCGGUUCUUAGAAGGUAUUCUUUUAAACUUUAUUUUAAAAAUACUAAAUUUAUCCAAAUCCUCGGUGAGGAUUAUUUGGCUGAAAAAUAUCAACUUUAUGAAAAUCAAAAUGAAAAUUUAAAUUAA